AUGGAUAGUUUUGUUGAAGAUACACCCACAGCAGUUUGGCAACAUAUUGGAAUUUUAUCUAAGUAUACUGGUGAUCAACUAUUUGAUGAAGUAAUUGGAUUAUAUACAGAAUUGUUAGAAAUAUAUCCACAAGAACAUAGGUUUAGUGAACAUGGCAUUCAAUGUUGA